AUGGCAGGCCAUCGGUGGGCCAUGACAUCAGCACUGUGCACCUAUAUGGCAGCUGUCUCUCUCCUCUACGUGAGCGAGGUCCAAGCCGACUGCUGGCUGAUUGAAGGAGAAAAGGGCUUUGUGUGGCUGGCCAUCUGUAGCCAGAACCAGCCCCCCUACGAGUCCAUUCCUCAGCAGAUCAACAGCACCAUUCUGGACUUGAGGCUGAAUGACAACAAGAUCAAGAGCGUCCAGUUCUCCUCCCUCAGCCGAUUCAGUAACCUCACAUACCUCAACUUGACCAAGAACGAGAUCUCGUUUAUCGAGGAUGGUGCCUUCUCAGGACAAUACAACCUGCAGGUGCUGCAGCUUGGCUACAACCGCUUGAGGAAUCUGACGGAGGGGAUCCUCCGGGGCCUAGGGAAGCUGGAGUACCUCUACCUCCAGGCGAACCUCAUUGAGACCGUCACCCCCAAUGCCUUCGGGGAGUGCCCCAACAUAAUGAACAUUGACUUGUCCAUGAACAGGAUCCAACGGCUGGACAGUAGCACCUUCAGGGGCCUGAGUAAACUCUCUGUCUGCGAACUCUACAGCAACCCGUUCUAUUGCUCUUGCGAGCUCCUGGGCUUCCUUCAGUGGCUUGAGGGCUUCACCAACAUGACACGUACCUACGACCGCAUGCAGUGUGACUCUCCACCCGACUACUCUGGGUACUAUCUUCUGGGCCAAGGACGGAGCGGAUAUCGCAAUGCGUUGGGCAUGCUGUCUUCUCUUUGCACCGGUGGGCCCUACACCAUGCCACCUUAUUUGAUCCCACCCAAAAAACCAGUGACCACCUCUCCUCCAGAGAGCCCCUGUCCAGAGGAAGAGUGUUUCUCCGGAGAUGGCACCACACCCCAGAUCUCCUUGCACACCCCAGUGAUUGAUCCAGGCUUGUAUCCCACCAUGAAAGUCAAGCACGUGACCCAAAACUCAGCUGUGUUGAGUGUGCAGAUCCCUGUGCCGUACAGCAAGAUGUACACCCUGGCCCAAUUUGAGAAUGGCCGAUACAAUAUCCUGGCAAAGCUUCUGAAGAAGAAAGAAGACAUCGAGCUAACGGAUCUAGGCCCAAACGAAAAUUAUACCUAUUGUGUGAUGUCCUCCAAUCGAGUCUCAAGGUACAACUACACCUGCCUCACCAUCAAUCUCAACAAACAGAGCACCGAAGAGCCGAUACCCAGGCCUUCAACUGCCACCCACUACAUCAUGACAAUCUUGGGGUGCCUGUUUGGCAUGGUGAUUGUCCUAGGAGUUGUGUACUACUGCCUCCGGAAGAGGCGACACCAGGAAGAAAAGCACAAAAAAACAGCAGUGAAUAUGAAGAAGACCAUCAUUGAGUUAAAGUACGGGCCAGAAAUGGAGACCACCAGCAUCUCCCAACUCUCCCAAGGUCAGAUGUUGGGUGGUGAGACCAUGACCCGCAUCCCUUACCUGCCCUCCGUGGGAGAAGUUGAGCAGUACAAGCUGAUUGACAGCAGCGAGACCCCCAAAGCCACGAAGGGCAACUACAUGGAAGUGCGGACAGGGGAACAGUCUGAGAGGAGGGAAUUAGAGCUGCCCAGGCCUCAAGAUAGCCAGAGCUCCGUUGCGGAGAUCUCGACCAUCACGAAAGAGGUGGACAAGGUGAACCAAAUCAUCAACAACUGCAUCGAUGCCUUGAAAUCAGAAUCUACUUCCUUUCAAGGGGUAAAGUCAGGAGCGGUGUCCACCGCCGAGCCUCAGCUGGUGCUGCUGUCUGAACAAAUCCCUAGCAAGCAUAGCUUCCUAGCGCCCGUCUACAAGGAAAGCUAUAGCCACCCGCUCCAGAGGCACCACAGCAUUGAGGCUCCUCCUAAACGGUCCAGCACUUCUUCCAGUGGCUCCAUACGGAGCCCCAGGUCCUUCCGCUCUGAGGGCUCCGGCCACAAGUCAGAAGCCAAAUAUAUCGAGAAGACAUCUCCAACCACCGACACCAUCCUCACUGUGACACCGGCGGCAGCUGUCUUACGAGCCGAAGCCGAGAAGAUCCGGCAGUACAGCGAGCACCGGCACUCUUAUCCAGGGUCCCAUCAGGGGGAACAACACGACAGCCUGGGGACACGAAAGCCCUCCAUCUUGGAACCUUUGACCAGGCCUCGCCCCAGAGACUUGGCCUACUCGCAGCUCUCUCCACAGUACCAUAACUUGAGCUACACCUCCAGCCCCGAAUACACUUGUAAACCCUCCAGGAGCAUCUGGGAGCGUUUCAAACUGAACCACAAGCGCCACAAAGAGGAGGAGGAAUAUAUGGCGGCCGGCCACGCUCUGCGCAAAAAGGUCCAGUUUGCCAAAGACGAAGACCUCCACGACAUCUUAGAUUAUUGGAAAGGGGUUUCCGCCCAGCACAAGUCUUGA